UCCAUCUGCAGCAGCGAUAUCUUAUUGCAUCGUUCUGCUGGAGAGUCAGAAAUCGACAGCACUUGAGAGGAAGUGUCCCAUGUGAUAAUUUCACAGCAAAGUCAGUAAUUUUUAAGGAUUGGAAUCUGACAUGGCAUACAGAAAAUCCAGACUUCACCCCAUGUUUUCAGAACACGGUCCUGGUCUGGAUUCCGUGUGUUUACCUGUGGGUCUGCUUUCCAGUGUACUUCCUAUACCUUCGUUGUCAUGACAGGGGAUACAUACAAAUGUCAAACCUCAACAAAGCCAAAACAGCUUUGGGCUUAAUACUGUGGAUAGUCUGCUGGGCAGACCUUUUCUACUCUUUCUGGGAAAGAAGUCAAAAUAUUUUUCGAGCUCCGUUUUUUCUCGUUACGCCUACAGUAUUGGGUAUAACAAUGUUGCUUGCCACAUUUUUAAUACAAUAUGAAAGGUUAAAAGGAGUCCAGUCUUCAGGUGUAAUGAUGAUUUUCUGGCUCAUCUCAUUGUCAUGUGCCACAGUGGUUUUUAGAUCCAAAAUACAUGCCUUAAAUACGGGUGCUGAAGUGGAUGCAUUUCGUUAUGUCACCUUCUGCAUCUACUUCACGCUAUUAUUUGUACAGCUCAUCCUGUGUUGUUUUCCAGAACGACCUCCUUUGUUUUCUGAAACAGUGAACGAUCCUAAUCCAUGUCCAGAGUUCAGUGCUUCUUUCCUCUCCAGAAUCACAUUCUGGUGGAUCACUGGGUUGAUGAUUCAGGGUUAUCGGAGACCUUUGGAAGCCAAGGAUUUGUGGUCAUUAAAUAAAGAGGACAAAUCGGAGGAGGUAGUGCCAGGUUUGGCUAGAAACUGGGCAAAAGAGUGGGCAAAGACCAAGAGGCAACCAUUAAACAUGUUGUACUCGUCCAAAAAGCAGCAAAAAUCAAGUGACUCAAAUGGUGAUGCUACAGAAGAGGCUGAAGCUUUGAUUAUAAAACCAUCUCAGAAGAGCUCUGAAGCAUCUUUAUUCAAAGUGUUAUAUAAAACCUUUGGACCAUAUUUUCUCAUGAGCUUCCUGUUCAAAGCUGCACAUGAUCUCUUGAUGUUUGCAGGCCCACAAAUUCUGAAGUUGCUGAUCAACUUCGUAACUAACAAAGCUGCCCCAAACUGGCAAGGUUACUUUUAUACAGGGCUGAUGUUUGUUUGUGCCUGUCUUCAGACACUGAUUCUUCACCAGUAUUUUCAUAUUUGCUUUGUAACUGGGAUGAGGCUCAAAACAGCUAUUGUUGGUGUAAUUUAUCGAAAGGCACUUGUUAUCACAAAUUCUGCUAGAAAGGCUUCUACCGUGGGUGAGAUUGUGAAUCUAAUGUCUGUGGAUGCUCAGAGAUUCAUGGACUUGGUUACCUAUAUAAACAUGAUUUGGUCUGCACCUCUCCAGGUGAUAUUAGCACUGUACUUACUGUGGCAGAAUUUAGGUCCUUCAGUACUGGCAGGUGUGGCUGUCAUGAUUCUUCUGGUUCCAGUAAACGCUGUGAUGGCAAUGAAGACAAAAACCUAUCAGGUGGCUCAAAUGAAGAGCAAAGACAACAGAAUUAAGCUGAUGAAUGAAAUUCUCAAUGGGAUUAAAGUUCUGAAACUUUAUGCUUGGGAAUUAGCCUUCAGAGAGAAGGUAUUAGAAAUCAGACAGAAAGAACUCAAAGUCCUAAAAAAAUCUGCUUACCUUGCUGCAAUGGCAACCUUCACUUGGGUUUGUGCUCCUUUUUUGGUUGCAUUGUCCACGUUUGCUGUGUACGUCAAAAUAAACAAGAACAACGUCUUGGAUGCUCAGAAGGCGUUUGUUUCCCUAGCAUUAUUCAACAUCCUCAGGUUUCCAUUGAACAUUCUUCCUAUGGUUAUCAGCAGCAUAGUAGAAGCCAGCGUUUCCUUGAAGCGCCUUAGGGUCUUCCUGUCUCAUGAAGAGUUAGAUCCAGACAGCAUAGUCCGGGGUUCCGUUACAGAACCUGAAGGAAGCAUUGUUGUAAAGAAUGCAACGUUUAGCUGGUCCAAAAAUGAUCCUCCUUUACUGAACAGCAUUAACUUCACUGUUCCUGAAGGCUCCUUGGUAGCUGUUGUUGGUCAAGUUGGCUGUGGAAAGUCUUCAUUGCUGUCUGCAUUACUCGGGGAGAUGGACAAAAAGGAAGGCCACGUGGUUGUCAAGGGCUCAGUAGCCUAUGUUCCUCAGCAAGCCUGGGUCCAAAAUGCAACUUUGGAAGAUAAUAUUAUCUUUGGAAAGGAGAAGAAUGAGAGCCGGUACAAGUGUGUGAUUGAGGCUUGCGCGCUGCUGCCUGAUAUCGAGAUUCUUCCUACGGGAGACAAAACAGAAAUAGGAGAAAAGGGUGUGAAUUUGUCUGGAGGACAGAAACAGCGAGUCAGUCUUGCUCGGGCGGUUUACUGUAAUGCAGAUAUCUGUCUACUUGAUGAUCCUUUAUCAGCUGUUGACGCUCAUGUUGGGAAACAUAUUUUUGACAAAGUUAUUGGACCAAAAGGAAUCCUGAAAAAUAAAACACGGGUUUUGGUAACCCAUGCAAUCAACUAUCUGCCUCAGGUGGAUACAAUUCUGGUAAUGACUGAUGGAGAAAUCUCUGAGAUGGGCUCCUACCAGGAGCUGCUGAAGCAAGAUGGGGCUUUUGCUGAGUUUCUUCGUACAUAUGCUAAUGCUGAACAAAGCAUGGAGAACAGUGAUACAAAUAGUCCAUCUGGAAAGGAAGGAAAGCCUGUAGAAAAUGGAGUCCUUGUGAAUGAAGCCUCUGGAAAGUUGGUGCAUAGGCAACUCAGUAACUCUUCAACAUACAGCAGAGACACUGGGAAGUCACAGCACCAGAGCAGCACAGCAGAGCUGCAGAAGCCACUUGCUGAAAAGAAUUCCUGGAAACUGAUGGAGGCUGACACAGCGAAGACUGGGAGGGUAAAGGCAACAGUGUACUGGGAGUACAUGAAAGCAAUUGGACUCUUUAUCUCUUUCUUAAGCAUUUUCCUCUUCAUGUGUAAUCAUAUAGCCUCCCUGGCUUCCAACUACUGGCUAAGUUUAUGGACAGAUGAUCCUGUUAUCAAUGGAACACAGCAGUACACAGAUGUCAGACUGGGAGUGUAUGGAGCGCUGGGAGUUUCUCAAGGUAUUGCUGUGUUUGGCUACUCGAUGGUUGUGUCAAUAGGGGGAAUAAUUGCUUCACGACACCUGCACCUUAACCUGCUGCACGAUGUCCUCAGGUCUCCAAUGAGUUUCUUUGAACGUACACCCAGUGGAAAUCUGGUGAACCGUUUCUCUAAGGAGAUAGAUACCAUUGACUCCACCAUUCCACCAGUCAUCAAGAUGUUCAUGGGCUCGACGUUUAAUGUGAUUGGGGCUUGUAUCAGCAUUCUACUGGCCACACCUAUAGCUGCCAUCAUUAUUCCACCUCUGGGACUUAUCUACUUGCUUGUGCAGAGAUUUUACGUGGCCACUUCUCGCCAGCUCAAACGCCUUGAGUCUGUCAGUCGUUCUCCUGUGUAUUCUCACUUCAAUGAGACCCUCCUGGGAGUCAGUGUCAUUCGAGCCUUUGAGGAGCAGAAACGUUUCAUAAAGCAGAACGACAUGAAAGUGGAUGAAAAUCAGAAAGCUUAUUAUCCAAGCAUUGUUGCAAACAGGUGGCUGGCUGUCCGUCUGGAGUACGUGGGGAACUGUAUUGUCCUCUUUGCAGCAUUGUUUGCAGUGAUGGCACGCAACAAACUCAGUGCAGGACUGGUUGGCCUCUCAGUGUCCUACUCACUGCAGAUUACAGCAUACUUGAACUGGCUAGUUCGCAUGACGUCUGACCUGGAAACCAACGUUGUUGCUGUUGAAAGAGUCAAAGAAUACUCUGAAAUGGAGAAGGAGGCUGAAUGGAGUAUUGAACAAACUGCCCCAGCGAGCACAUGGCCCGAGGAAGGGAAGGUUGAGUUUCGAGGCUACGGUUUACGUUACCGGGAAGACUUGGAUUUGGUUCUGAAAAACAUAAAUGUUACCAUAAAUGGGGGUGAGAAGAUUGGAAUAGUUGGAAGAACAGGAGCUGGAAAAUCCUCUCUUACUUUAGGUUUGUUUCGGAUUAAUGAAGCGGCUGAAGGAGAAAUAAUUAUUGAUGGAAUUAAUAUUGCAAAGAUAGGGCUCCAUGACUUGCGCUUCAAGAUCACCAUCAUCCCUCAGGAUCCAGUAUUGUUUUCUGGCUCUCUGCGUAUGAAUCUUGAUCCUUUUGACCAACACUCUGAUGAAGACAUUUGGAGGUCUUUGGAACUGGCUCACCUGAGAAACUUUGUAUCGUCCCUUCCUGAUAAACUUAAUCAUGAGUGUGCUGAAGGUGGAGAGAACCUUAGUGUGGGACAGCGCCAGCUGGUGUGCCUGGCACGAGCUCUGCUCAGGAAGUCCAAAAUCCUCGUUCUAGAUGAAGCCACAGCUGCUGUUGAUCUGGAAACGGAUAAGCUUAUACAGUCAACAAUAAAGUCUCAAUUUGAAGAAUGUACUGUAUUAACUAUAGCACAUCGUCUGAACACAAUCAUGGACUACACAAGAGUUUUAGUCUUGGACAGAGGAGAAGUGGUGGAAUGUGGUAGCCCAGAUGACCUACUUCAGGAAAAAGGCAUUUUCUAUAGCAUGGCCAAAGAUUCAGGCUUGGUGUAACAUUUGAACUUGGUUAGUUUGUGUGGGGAAGAGGGAGGUGGUACAUUCAGAGAACUGUAACUUCCCCUCAGCUGAUGUGAACUGUACAGUUCAGUGUCAGACCUAGUGAGGUCAGCCAGAGCAUGGUGAUGGAAGGAACAUAAAAAUGCAAUUUUUUUUUUUAUUUUUAUUCUCCUUAGUAUUGAUUUUAGCC